CUAAUCAAAUGUCAAAAGUUCUAAAUCUGAAAGGAAUUUCGUACACGCAUAUCUGGAAAUAUUGAUGAGCUAAUAAAUCAAAAAUUAUGUUGGAUUGCUACAUAAACAUAUAAAAAGAUGUCUCAAAAAGAAGGAGGUAUCUUCUAUAAUAUAACAAGUUUAUUGGACCAAGAUUAUCGUGGUGUCAACAUAGCCAUAUAUGCUUUUGCCACCGCAGGUCUAGCAGCUUCUAUACAUAAAAUCCGCCCGGUUAGCAAGUUUUCGAAAGCGACAAAAGUACCGGACCAUUUCAUAAGGAAACAUGAGCCCCUCAAAGGAGUUUACACCGGCAUUCAGCAUUCGCCCAUGCGUCUUUUAGUGGAUCAUCAAGCACCAAUAUAUUUACCGUUUUGGCAUUCCAGUAAACCUCCACUGCCAGUCAAGCUUUGGGGUAUUGAUGUUGUGAGUGGGAAUGCUGUCAACUGGCUGGAGUGUGUUGCCCGCGGGAACCGAGUUACUUUGAAACCUAUUACCAGGGAAAAUGAUGAUCUUGUUUCCACAGUAUUGCUGCAUUUACCACAAUCAAAGGGCAAACCAGUGGAAACAUUAGAUGUGGGCCAAAAGUUAGUAGAACUUGGGUUUGCCAAAGCAUCUGUACCUCAGGAUGUUAAGAAGAAUACUUUUGAAUCAACAUUGGUACCAGCUAUAUUGUCUGCGGAAGCCAGGGCCAAGAGUUUCCGUAAUGGCGUCUGGUCUGACAAGCUUCCUCCUCUCCCAGUCUAUGUUGUAUAUUGGAGAAAAGGCUCACAACUUACGGCAGAACUUGCUGUUCUUUCAGCAAAAAAGUUUGUACAAUUUUUACUUUUUUCAACCAAAAUGGCCUUAUUAGGAGCUAAAAACCUGGCGAUGCGACCAUUCAAAUCUGCAAGAAGUUCAAAGCAGAUACAGGCUCCAAAGCAAAUACAGGCUACAUGAGUGCAUUUAUUGUGGAGUUAUUAAAUUCUAGUUGUACUGGUACCACAUAUUACAUGGAAUGUAAUAAUUUGGUCACUUGUUCCUUAAAGCUAGACUUCCAGUUGUUUUAUGAGUCCAAAAUUUUCACCUGUUUGUAUAUACUGUUGGUUAAUAAAAUAAAAUGUUUACAUACA